GCUGACGUGGGGAGGAGAUUUCCUCUGCUCGUGCUCGUCGUCGUCGUCUUCCUACUUGUCGUCUUCCUCCACGUGUGUUUGUCAUGGCGCCCGUGGAAACAACAUCGCAAGAGGAGGGCGUCGACGAAACGGUCGGCAGGAGAGCGUACAAUGACGGGCAUGCAGGGAUGCGCGGGUGUUGGUGCGGGUCAAGGCGGAAUACGAGCUGCAACGGCGGAGCCUCCACGGCGGUACGACCCAUCCAUGUACGCCCAUUUGGAGUCGUGGGAGACGCCGCUGCCCCCGGUGGACGAGGAGCCCAAGACGGAAGAGCUGCCGACGUUGCCUCCUGCCAGUGGCUCGACGCAGCUUUUGUCGCAGACGGUACGAGCAGGUGGUUCGGGUUGCAACGAAGGCGGCGAGUACACGUCUUUGCUGCAGCAAGGCUUGGGAGACGACGACGACGGAGGACUUGAUCUCAGGUUCGACCUAUGUUCUGGCGGGUCCAAGGAGGCAAGCCGUACGUUGAUCAUUGACACCGAUCCUUCGCCACGUGGCGUGGGACAGGGUGGGAGUCAGCGUACGGAUCAAACCACCCUUCGUGACCGUGCGUCCAUUGCUGCCAGUGUCGGGCCAUCUGCAGUGGUCCGGCUUCAAGGUUCCACAGCACUGUCCGCCGAUCGAUCGACAAGUAACUGGCCUGCAUGCAACGGAGCUGCAGCCGGGUCACCGCGCGUCGAGUGUGCACGUCCUUCGAUGUCCGAACGCACAACACCGACCCAAUCCGACGUGAGGGACGCGGGUGCAUGCAGACCACUGGUGCGUCCAGUACCCACUGUGGAGAACAUCACACGAGGUGUGUCGAACAUGCGGGCACACAGUGAUGGCGGCGACGACGACGGUGUUGGCGGCGAUGAUGCUGACGAGCGAUUGACGGAGGACGUGGACGCAGGGGACGACGACAAAGACAUUCCUGUUCGGCCGUUGGGGAAGACGGAUGGGAGGGGGAGAGCACGCAGCAGGGGUCCUGUUCGAAGUCAAUCCGUUGGCCGCGGUGGCAGAGGCUGUGUCAGCGAUGAUGCCGGGAAGUCUGUGAGGUACUGGUCUCCGGAGGAACAACUGCAACUAGUGAGAUGCAAGCGGGAGCAAGAGAUGCACCUCGCCGGGCUGGGCCACAACUACGGGCGGAUGCGGACAAGGACUGGAAGUGGGACGGCAUUGCAAAGAAAUCCUAACGGGGUGCAGCUUCCCAGGAGAGGAGGUGGCGGUGGUGAGUCGGUUGGUAGUGAGGCUGGUGGUGAAGGCUUCCCCGAGGAACGUUCUUCUGCGCGGGAAUCCGAGAACAACACAGGCAGCGGGGCUGGAGGCGGCAAGCGGAAGAAUGCACGUAAGCAGGCGUUGGAGUUGAUCGCUAAUGUCAUGGAUCGACAUGGCGAGCUGAUGUCGUCGACGAUCGAAUCCUCCAGUAAGCGGCAAUGCAGCAUUUUCACGAGGCAAUGUGACAUACUAGAGCAGGAAGUCGCAGUCCAGAAAGAGCACUACGCGGCGUCCAAUGAAACGCAGAGGAUGAUGUGCCACGCGCUUCUGGAAAUCCACGCGGAUAGCCAGGAUCGCCGACCCGUCGCAGCUGCAACAAGCGACCUCCCGUGCGUCGGCAGUAGAGAACAUCGCUCUCCGCGUAUUGCACGGCUGGGUUUCAAGUCUGGGAACCGCCGGAGGGGUUACAAUCUUGCAUUCCAGUACGCCCUGGAGUCCGUGGCAACGGACAUAGCGCGAGCUAUGUGGUACGGUGAGGAGUGGUGCAACGUCGUCAGCCCGGCGGUUUGCGCACACACGACAGAUCUCUCCUUGGACUUGCCGCUGUGGUUCGCGGACGUGAAAGUCGAGAACAGACCGAACGAUGAUGACAUGGCGGCAUACCAGGAGUCCACCAUCAUCUGCGUCACGCAUGCGUUCUGGACGGCAGUGCAAAUGAGGGCGGUCAUCGACGGCGAGUUCAUCUCGCACGAUCGUCUUUGGCGGGUGGCUGACUGCUUUAGACUGUUGUUGGCGGCGUGCAUUUGGAUAAUGCGCAUGUCGGGAGACGAUCCGCGCAGCCACUUCAAAGCUUUCCACUUUGCGACGCUGGUGUCGAAGCCCACACUCGUGGCGUCAAUGCAUCGGUAGUUCGACCAUCGUCGAUCCAUUCGCCUCGCCGUGAAAGCCGUCACGG